AAAAAAAAAAAGAGGAAGAAGAAGAAAAAUGGAUUUUCAGACAGUUCAAGUGAUGCCUUGGGAAUAUGUUUUGUCUUCUCAAUCUUUUAAUGACUACCACCAAGAGAAUCAUGUUCGUUGGUCUCAAUCUCCAGAUUCUCACACUUUCUCUGUCGAUCUCCCUGGUUUAAGGAAAGAAGAAAUAAAAGUUGAGAUCGAAGAUUCGAUAUACUUAAUCAUACGAACGGAGGCGACGGCUGGAUCAACGGAUCCGCCGGCGAAGAGUUUCAAGAGGAAGUUCAGGUUACCGGAAUCUAUUGACAUGAUCGGGAUAUCAGCUGGUUAUGAAGAUGGUGUGUUGACUGUUGUUGUGCCAAAGAGGAUUAUGACUAGGAGGUUCAUUGAUCCUUCUAAUGUUCCUGAAACACUUCAGCUUCUUGCAAGAGCUGCUUAAUAAUGUUCUUCCUUGUUCCCCACGAGUUCGAUCUUUGUUCUCAAUCUCUUAAGAUAAGAUAAACAUAUAAGAAUAUGUAAUCUCUUAAAAAAACAACGAACUGUUAUGUGUAGUUUGUAUAUCAAUCCAAAUCCUAUGUUUAUGUUUCAAAAUGAAUUUAAAAACAAUGGUAAUUAUAUGAUUA